AUCUCCCUGUCCCGGUCAAAAUGAAGCGGAAGACAGACGGCGAAGAGUCGCGCGUGGCCAAUGGCCAACCUGAGUCCAAAAAACGCGCCUUGUCGAGCGAAGAGGCUGCGGCGCGCUUCCGCGAAGGCUUGUUCGAGCCCGCGGAGCUGCAGAAGUACACCAAGCAAUAUGCUCAGUCAGCGCCAUACAAGCAUGGUGUCAUCCGCCCUCUGAUCGAAUCCUCUCUUCUGCGCGCCGUCCGGAACGAGAUCCAAGAGCAUCUCUCUUUCACGGAGAAGGAGACAGAUAUCUAUAAAAUUCACCAAUCAGGAGAUUUGGCAAACCUUGAUGGUUUAGACGAUGCCUCCUUGUCGAAAUUGCCGUCGUUGCUGAAAUUGCGCGACGCUUUAUACUCCGCUCGGUUCCGCGAAUACCUUUCGUCCGUGACGGGAUCCGGGAAGUUGAGCGGCCGCAAGACCGACAUGGCGAUCAAUGUCUACACGGAGGGCUGCCACCUUUUGUGCCACGAUGAUGUGAUCGGCAGCAGAAGGAUUAGUUAUAUCUUGUACCUGACCGACCCUGACACUCCGUGGCAGCCGGGAUGGGGAGGCGCUUUACGUCUGUUCCCUACCACUACGGAGAAAGAUGAGAAUGGUGAGGAGGUGAAAAUACCCAGCCCGGAUUUCAGUCUGUCAAUUCCCCCCCAAUUCAACCAGCUCAGUUUCUUCACCGUUCAGCCCGGAGAGAGCUUUCAUGACGUGGAGGAAGUCUACCACGCCAAGGAUGGAGAAGAUAAGUCGCAAAAACGAGUGCGCAUGGCAAUAAGUGGCUGGUUCCACAUCCCACAGGAGGGCGAGGAUGGGUACGAGGAAGGCUUUGAGGAGAAGCUUGCUGAGCGAAGCAGUCUGACCCAACUUCAAGCGCGCGACGCGUUCGACCGACCCCAACCGCAACCCGUCCAGUAUGAAGAUGAACAUGAGCAGGAUGAGGAUAAGGGCAAAGGAAAACAGGCGGAGCAGCCGGAGGACGCUCCGUUCACCGAGUCCGAUCUCAAUUUCCUCGUCCAGUAUAUCUCCCCCUCUUACUUGACGCCUGACAUUGUCGAGCAGCUGUCGGAGACAUUCUCGAACGAGUCAUCCCUCAAUCUAGAACAGUUUUUGACCGAUAAAUUUGCCUCUCGUGUUCGCGCAUAUAUUGAAGAGCAGGAAAGACAAGAGUUCCCUAAAGCCUCAAACGACAUCGAAUCGAAGACCAACUGGCGGGUCGCCCGUCCGCCACACAAGCAACGGUACCUCUUCCAGCAUCCGUCUCAAGUGGAGGCGGACAAAAAGACGCCAAUCCAAGAACUGCUGAAUGAUCUUUUUCCGUCACAGCCAUUCCGGAAAUGGCUGUCCACCGCUACUGGCCUGGACCACCUCGUCAGCCAUAAUCUCCUAGCACGCCGGUUCCGUCGUGGGGAAGACUAUACGCUGGCGAGCGGCUACGACGGAGAAGAGCCCCGGUUAGAAUUCACACUCUGCUUAACUCCGACUCCGGGCUGGGGCAAAGAUGGAGACGUUGACGAAGAAGAAGCAGAAGAAGAGGACCGGCGGAACGGUGAUGGUGAGAAUGGAGAGUCGCAGGAUAAGGACAUGACCGACGUCUAUGAUCAAAGCAAUGGGGCACCCGGCGAGGACUCCUCAAUCGGUGGCUAUGAGAUCUACAUGGCAGGCGAUGACGACGAGGACGCCGAUGCAGACGAUGCUGUUGGUGAGAAUGGGAAUAAGGCCAAGAAACCUAAAGUGGACCCGGCCAUAUAUCGAGCCGCCGGAGAUGAUGAAGAUGAUGGCAUUCUAUUCACCACAGCUGCUGGCUGGAACCGGAUGAGCAUUGUCCUCCGCGAUAGGGGCACUCUCAAGUUCGUCAAGUAUGUGAGUGCUGCGGCACCUGGCGAUCGAUGGGAUGUCACAGGGGACAUUGGAGUGGAUUUUGAAGACAUGGACUUUGACGAUACCGAUGAAGAGGAUGAUGAGGAGUGAACUUUGACAUUUUCAGGUUUACUUGC